AUGUCCGCGCCGGCGGACGACGACGGCGACGCGGUGCACGGCGUCGACCGCCUGCCCGGGGAUGCCGAGAACGCCGCCCGCGCGAUGGAUGAGAUUGUCGCCGACUCGGACGAGGACGGGGGCGACACGGACGAGGACGUCCCGGACCAGCCCGAGGACGACUACGAAUCCGACGGCGACGAUCAGGAGUGGGCGCUGGGGUUCUGCGAGCGCGCCCCCGCGGAGACGCUCCAGCGGCAGUUCUUUCCGUCCAAGGUGGGCGGCCGACCCGCGUGGCUCGACCCGGUGGACGUGCCCACCGCCGCGCAGCUCAAGUGCCUCUACACCCGCGAGCCGCUCGACUUCCUCCUGCAGGUGUACGCCUCGGUGGACGACGAGCCCACCGCGUUCCACCGCGCCGUCUUCCUCUUCGUCUCGCCGCACGGCGGGGACCUUCACAGGCCGGGCGCCGUUCGAGCGUUUCGAUCGCAGCUACCCAGAAUCAACCCCUUCUACCCCGACGAGCCGUGCGAGCAGGGGGACCCGCUUCAGGAGCUCACGGACGCGCAACACGCGGCGUACGAAUUAAGACACGACAGGUGGUCCGACGAUGCCCUCCGCGGCGCCAUCGCGCACAGGCCGAGGAUGUUUCCGGAGCGCGAGCUGGUCGUGGAGCCCGAGGAGUUCCUGGAAGACGACGAGGUCACCGCGAGCAUCGCCGGCGCCGAGAACGCGGCGCGCGUGGCGGCGGCGAUGACCCCGGCGGAGGAGGGCAGCGACGAGUGGAAGGAACAGGUGAGACGCGCGAGGGAGUCGCUGCCGGAGGCGCUCCGGGGCGUGGGCGACGACGUGAGCGAGGCGGAGGUGCGAUCGCUCGAGCGAGCUCAGGAUAAGAACCAGGUGCGUUUGUCCCAGUUUCACCUGAGGCUGAGGCGCACGGAUCCGACGCAGGUGCUGCGGUACUGCUUCGACGAGGGCGCCAAGCCCUUGUGGCCGAGCGUGUCGGACGCGCCGGAACAAAACGAGCGGACGGUGCCGCCGUGCCCGAGGUGCGGGUCGCCGCGUAGGUUCGAGUUUCAGGUUUUACCCACGAUUGUCAACCACCUGGACGUGGACAGCGAGCUCAACUCGGCGGUGGACUUUGGGUCGAUCGCGGUGUACACGUGCGCCAGGUCGUGCGCCCCGCCGACGCACGACGGCACGCGGGGCGUCGCCGCGGACGGCAAGAGCGAGGCGUACGCGGAGGAGUGCGUGCUGGUGCACCCGCCGUUAAACGCGUGA